AUGGGUGGAGUUGAAUUUGAAGGCACUAUUAAUCCCCCAGUAGCUGAACAAUGGCUCGAGCAUAUGAAGAGGGUCUUUGAACAACUAGAGUGUAAUAAUGCUGCCAAAUUUAAGUAUGCUAUCUCUCUUUUACAAAAGGAUGCCUAUGAUUGGUGGGUAAGUGUGCCAAAUGCAAAAGCAAAACCUCUGGUGCUUACUUGGGAUGACUUCGUGAAAGCAUUUCAGUAUCAACAAAAAUUUCUCAAGCUUUCUUGCUAUGCUGGAGGUAUUAUUGAUGAUGAAAGAGACAAGUACAGAAGAUUUGAAGAAGGUUUGAAUGGUUCAAUCCGAAAAUCUGUGGCAAUCUUGCAACUUGAAGAUUUUUCCAAGCUAGUUUCGGCUGCUCUUACUUGGGAAAGAAUUGACAAGGAAGAAGCUAGUAGGAGAGAAAACAAGUUUAGGACGGGUAAUUCAGAUUAUGGCGGUCCAUCCAAGAAGGGAAAGUUUGACUAUUCCAAGACUGAAAGUGCACAGAAUACUCCAAGUUAUGGCCAAGGCAAAACUUAUACACCUACUUGUGCACAGUGCGGGAAGAAUCACUAUGGUGCCUGCAGAAGAGCUUCUGGUGCUUGUUUUAAUUGUGGAAGUUUGGAUCAUAAAGUGAAGGAUUUUCCUAAUCCUAAUCCUUUUUCUUCUACACAUACAGAGGGCUCAAUUCAAAAGCCUGUCACUACUUCUUCUCAAGCUAAUGGUGGUGCAAAACCUAGAAAUAUGCAAGCAAUGGGUUCGGGUGGAGCUAAUCAGGGUAGCGGGUCGAGAGGCACUGCACGAGUCUAUGCUACGAGACAGAAGAAUGACCAAGAUGGCCCAGACGUGGUUGUUGGUCAAUUUCACUUAUUUGGCAUAUCUGUUGUUACAUUAUUUGAUCAUGGAUCUUCGCAUUCUUAUGUUUGCUCAUCACUUGCAAUUCCUGAUACUGUUAAAUCUGUGAGACUUGAUUUUGAUGUGCUCGUAACGAGUUCAUUAGGGCAUCAUGCUGUUGUUAAUAGGAUUUAUCGAGAUUGUCCAUUCAUGAUUCAAAAUCUAGUCUUCCCUGUAGACUUACUUGAAAUGACCUUCCAAGACUAUGAUAUUAUUGUUGGUAUGGAUUGGCUCCAUAGGCACCAUGCAUUGGAUUAUUAUAGGUUGAAGCAAUCGAUACACGAUUUAGGGAGUCCAAGUCUUGAGGACAUACCAACUGUGUGUGACUUUCCUGAUGUAUUUCCCGAUGUUCUUCCUGGGUUGCCUCCAGAAAGGGAGAUUGAAUUUCCUAUAGAUAUUUCGCUUUGGGGAGAUCCUGUUUUAUUUGUGAAAAAGAAAGAUGGCACUCUUAGGCUUUGCAUUGAUUACCGACAGCUGAACAAGUUGCGAGUGAUGGAGCAAGAUGUUUCUAAAACUGCUUUUAGGACCAGGUAUGGACAUUAUGAAUUUUUGAUAAUGCCAUUUGGUUUGACAAAUGCUCCUGUUGAAUUUAUGGAUCUAAUGAUCCGUGACUGGCAACUCUACGCGAAGCUUUCCAAAUGUGAAUUUUGGCUGAGUGAAGUAGCUUUUUUGGGGCAUAUUGUAUCAGUUGAAGGUGUGAAGGUUGAUCCUAGUAAGAUUCAAGCUAUUGUUGAAUGGAAACCCCCUAAAAAUCCAACUGAGAUCAUAAGUUUCUUGGGUUUAGCAGGAUACUAUAGGAGGUUCGUGAAGGGCUUCUCUAUUAUAACUUCUCUUUUAACCAAACUUUUGGGGAAAGACGCCAAGUUUGUGUGGGAUGACAAGUGUCAAGAGAUCUUUGAAAAGCUCAAAUCCUUAUUGACACAAGCUCUAAUACUUUCUUUCUCACCUGAAGGGAAAGAUUAUGUGAUAUACAGUGAUGCAUCUCACCGUGGCUUGGGUUGA